AUGGCGCUCAAUGUACCAGGUGUGAUAAUGAUGGCGGCGUUCUACUUGCUUGUGUUGGGAAUCGGCAUUUGGGCAUCUGUAAAAUCUAAGAAGAUGGAGCAAAACGCACAAGGCGGACGGUUAGAGGUUUCUUUUUUGGCAAACCGAAGUGUUAACUUGAUAGUGGGAGUCUUCACAAUGACGGCCACUUGGAUUGGAGGUGCCUUUAUCAUUGGAGUUGCAGAGUCAGUUUAUGACCCCAACAAGGGCCUCAUUUGGGCUCUUCUGCCUCUGCAAAUAUCUAUUUCCUUUAUCAUCGGAGGACUAUUUUUUGCAAAGCCAAUGAGGGAGAACAAUUACAUCAGCAUGAUGGAUCCAUUUCAGAGGAAGUAUGGAAAAGCAAUGACUGCGGUUCUUUCCAUUGUUCCAUUCAUCACUGAAGUUUUUUACAUCACGGCCACGCUGGUGUCUUUGGGAGCAACCAUGAGUGUGGUUUUAGAUCUGCCCUUCAGUGUUUGCGUCUGGAUCUCUGCUGCCGUGGCGAUCGUCUACACGGGUCUCGGAGGUCUAUAUUCAGUUGCUUACACUGAUGUCAUCCAGAUUUCACUGGUGUUUCUGAGCUUGUGGCUGUUAGUUCCUUUUAUUCUGACGAGCGGCGUUUAUAUUGACAUCACUAAAACAGCAUUCAACCACACGUAUCAGGCCCCCUGGACUGGACAGCUCAAGUCUGAUGAAAUUGGGAGAUGGACUGAUGAUUUUCUAGUGUUGACUUUGGGCAACAUGGCCAUUCAGGAUUUCCAUCAGAGGACACUCGCCUCCAGCUCCACGUACACGGCCAGACUGACCUGUUUUGUAGCCGCAGUUGCCGUGAUCAUUGCUGCCAUCCCAUCCGUGCUGAUUGGAGCUGUUGCAGCUUCAACAGACUGGAACUGCACCUCAUAUGGGUCUCCUUCUCCAUAUGAGCGAGGGGAGGGGUAUGUGGUGUUACCCAUCACUCUCCAGAAUUUAACCCCGAGCUACAUUUCUGCUUUUGGCAUCGGAGCUAUUGCUGCUGCAGUGAUGUCAUCCGCUGACUCGAGCAUUUUGUCUGCAACCACCAUCUUCACCACCAACAUCUACCGGUCCAUCAGGAGUCAGGCUUCAGAUAAAGAGCUGCAAUGGGUGAUUCGGCUCACCAUUGUGUUUGUGGGCCUUCUGGGAACAUCCCUCACCUCUCUAGGCAACAGUGUGAUGGUGUUCUGGAUGGUGAGCUCAGACCUGACCUACACCAUCAUGCUCCCCCAACUGAUCUGCAUCCUCUUCACUGAGGUGGCCAACGGUUACGGGGCGAUCGCAGGCUUCCUUGUUGCCGUGGUGAUGAGGCUGUUGUGUGGAGAGCCCCUCUUCAGUCUUCCUGUUGUCCUGCAAUUCCCAGGUUGCACUUCAGAGGAUGGUGUUUACGCUCAGUGCUAUCCCAUCAAGACCAUUUGCAUGCUGUCCGCUCUGAUCUCCGUUCUGGUGGUUUCGGCUGUGACCUCGCUCCUGUUCAACAAGGGGAUCUUUCCUGAGAAGUUGGACGUGUUCAAGGUGAAAUCCCAGCAAAGAGCGACACCAGCAGAAGAUGCCAGAGACAAAUCUGAUGAAAAUGAUGAACUUGCUUCUGAAUCAUUGUUGGAUACGAAAUGCUAA